AUGGCUAUAGGCAUCUGUUCCGUAUGCCACGAGUCCCAGGCAAAGUAUAAGUGUCCGAAAUGUUCUAUUGAUUACUGUUCCUUGGCAUGUUUUAAGAGUCCAAAUCAUCAACAUCUGGACGUUGUCACUACUGAUGGCACUGGUGCAAAUACCAAUACGACCAAUACAACGACCACAACCAAUACUACAACCAGCACUGCAACCAUCACUAACAAUACCACUAGUGGUGUGAUUUCAGCACCAAGCGCAUCGAGUACACUGCCACAAACCCUCUUUCCCCUCAUCGUGGAGGAUCCUGUCAUCAAAUCUCUCUUGGGCUACAAAUCUCUCCAGGUGCAUCUUGCGGUGAUCCUACGGUUACUUUCAGAGUCUAGUCUCACCAACGAGCCAUUGGCCGAGAACAGACGCGAGAUUGCAAACUUGCGGCUAUGUGACCUCCGUACGAACGGCUCAGAAGAGAAUGCAUUGGUGGAGGAGUUCGUUCAACGGGUGCUCAACCUCAUCCACUCCAAUGAGAAUCUCUCCACCUAA